AUGUCUUCGGGUCUUAACAUUGAAAACACCAACAUCAAGACUGCUCCUGGAGUCACUCUUGAGGGUCAGGAGAAGACGUUGGUGGGAAGUGUUCUUGAUCUCUUUGCUGGUCGUCCUAGUCUCGAGAAGCUGCAGCUUUGGAAGGAUGAGGGUGUUUUCGAGGACCCCAUCACCAUUGCUGAAGGUCGCAAGCAGUACGAGGCACAAUGGUACGGUCUUCAAUCAGCAUUCAGCGAGAUCGAGAGACUGGACCACGAGGUCACAUCAUCGGGCAACCCUAUCAGCAUGAACAUGAAGACGCGCUACAAGGUCAAGGGUGUUGGUAUGGAGCAGACCAUUUCUUCAGUCGUCAACAUCUUCCACGAGGGCGGCAAGAUCACAAAGGUCCAAGACAAGUGGAACGGCAACCUUCCCGAGGGCGCGAUUGCAAAUGCCUUCCGCAACCUCAACUCGGUCACAGUACCCAAGAUCAUCUCUGUCCCUAAGAACAAGGAGGAGGAUAAUGCAAGAGGCAACUAA